CUUAGAUGAUGAGCCGCUCGACGCGACUCUGGCCUAUUCAUAGCUGUUUUCUAUAAACUUCUAAGGAUAGCGCUUUUCUAAUCUCAAUGACGAUAAACCACACACAAAGAGCUUUCUCAUGACACCCUUUAAUGAUUCAUAUCAGGCAGUGGACUUCAUCCUUCGGGAGACCGAAUGGAAGAAGACAUCUGACCCAAGCGUGGAUGAUUGAGACUGAACAGAGAUCUAAGAGAUUACCAAGCUGCACAAUUCUUUCUGAACAUGCCCUUUUCACUUCUAUAUUCAUGGCAGGAAAUGUUCCUCUAAUGUUCGGGGAUAGCCUUGCCUUCCUUUGCCUUGCUUUGCUCAACUCACAUUUUCAUAUUAUACUGACCACAUACAUUUCCUCUAUUGAUAUUAUUAUUCUUCUUAUUUCCAGCACUAACAAAUUUUCUGAUAUAUUUGCAAAAGCCCGCCACACUAUCCCCUCUGCUUCUAUCCCAGCAUGCCACCGCCAAUGAUGACAAAGAAAUCUAGCACUUUACUCCGAGACUCUUACACACGUUGCUGCUCCAUCUGUUUCUCUGUCAUGAAGAUAACGAUGUUCGAGCAUGGUCAAUGAGGAGUGAUGUGUACGGUAGUUUUCAAUCUGAUGGCUAUCUCAUCCCUCACAUUUACCUUUCUUGCUUUAUUUCCCCCUAUUCUGAUAUCGAAUUAACACUGAGAUUGCUCAUACUUUAUGUC